UGUUACUGGUGGCUUUCAGCCCGUUGUUCAAACGAUGUGUCGCUUGCUGCAGAUCCAGCUGCUUUGAGGGUUAAGAGUUCAGCUGAAACGCUACGCCAGAAUGUAUUGAGACAGAGUUCCCAGGAAAAUACAUGACGAAUAUUAAGCCAGCAGUCCACAUGUGUAUUUCAUCCUGAAUGCUGGCCCAGGAGGUGCACACCACAGCAUGCUGUUGUGAAGCUGGAACAUAUUAGGGCAGAAUGCAGUCUUCAAACCACAGAUUACGAGAUAUGGAGCAGCACCAUCCGCUGCUGUCAGCAGGUGCAGAUGUCGAGACAGGUAGCCUUGCAGCCGGAGUGAUGGUUGGAGGUCCACAUGUGGGUCACACAGCAGGAAACCGCACUCUGUGGUUUAUUCAGGACAGCUGUGGUAUGGUGUGUGCAACCAUGACCUGGUUCCUGGUUCUGUACGCUGAAUUUGUUGUGAACUUCGUCAUGCUUUUGCCUGCCAAGAACUUCUGGUACUCGCUGUUGAAUGGUGCUACCUUCAACUCAUUGGCUGUGCUUGCGUUGGCCUCGCACCUGCGCACCAUGCUGACUGACCCGGGCGCAGUUCCCAAGGGUAACGCAACAAAGGAAUAUAUGGAGAGCUUGCAGUUGAAGCCUGGCGAGGUAAUCUACAAGUGCCCAAAGUGCUGUAGCAUCAAGCCUGAGAGGGCACACCACUGCAGUAUUUGUAAACGAUGCAUCAGGAAGAUGGAUCAUCACUGUCCCUGGGUCAAUAACUGUGUGGGAGAAAAGAACCAGAGAUUCUUUGUUCUUUUCACUAUGUACAUAGCCUUGAUUUCUGCCUAUGCCCUCGGCCUCAGUGGCAUGCACUUCUUCACAUGUAUUAAACUUCAGUGGAACGAGUGCAGUGAGUUCUCUCCGGGGGUGUCUGUGCUGCUGCUUAUCUUCCUGUGUCUCGAAGCCAUCCUCUUCCUCACUUUCACAGCUGUAAUGUUUGGUACGCAGAUCCACUCCAUCUGCAAUGACGAGACGGAAAUUGAACGUCUUAAAAACGAGAAACCCACUUGGGAGCGUCGCAUGAGAUGGGAUGGCAUGAAAGCUGUAUUUGGGGGUUCGCCAUCUUUGCUGUGGUGCAAUCCGUUCACAGGCCUGCGUCUGCGGCGCCUAAUGCUGUUGACCCACGGUCGCCGUGGUGGGUCUGAGUUUUCUGUCUGAGAAGACUGCAGACUGAUGCAACUCACCAACACCUCACCGUGUCUGGUGUGGUGGAAAAAAAGGAUUUCUUCUAUGCCCUCUUCGACUGGAGCGACCAUGAACCUCCGGCGGCGUCUUUCCUGAGUAGGUGACAAAACAUUCUGCAGUAAUGGGACCCAAGUGUAUCACAAUCACUACUGAGAGUCUGUGUUGUCUAUCACAUGCUGAUGUGGAUCCAACACAUGUGAUAUUGCUUUGCACAAAUCAGAUGAACAACUGGAUUUUUUUUUUUGCAGGGUGGGCAAAAUGAGGAGCUAUGUGGUUUGUGUUGUUUGGUAACGCAUGCAGUACGUAACUCAAGUGAGUCUUUUUAUUCCCCACCAUCCAAGAUGCUGUUUGAACUCAACUAAUGCACCUUGGGACACAACUUGAGUAUGUUUUGUUUGCUGUGCACAUGAGAUUGGAGAAAAGUCUUUGAAUGUUUUUUUUUUUUUGAGGGAUGGAUCAACAACAUCUUUCAUCAUCACUGGAGCUACACAAGUGGGUCGAAAUGGAAAGUGCUUGAAUUAUUUUUCUUUUGGCCCAGACAAGAGAACCACUGACAGGGGAUUCACAGUCAAGGACAUGCACUACUUACAUGACACUUGAGGAAAAAGCUUGGUUAUGGAGCACAGUGGUCAUUAGAGUUUGAACUGUGCUGCAUGUAUAAGGCUUCAUUCAGCAUCUUAGUCUGGAAAUGAGGCUUUAAUCAUCUUAACAAGCUACCAUGAACACAAUGCUCAUUCUUAUCUAGGAGAUGGCUUUUUCUAUCUCUUCAUCUCUGUUGUUUUUUGGGGUUUUUUUGUUUUGGGUCCUCGGGAUAAAGUUGUUUAGGUUACUCGAGCUAAAAGAAAUUUAUUGGUGAAGCUUUAUCACCAUGUGCACACCUCAGCAGAUGACCAUGACUCACAGGAGACGACUACUGCUAGUCUUCAUUUGGACAAAACAUUUUGUAAUAAUUGUGUAUGUGUAUCCAUUUCCAUCACUCCUACAUGCUGAUCAACAUCUCCUUAUCUCUGCAAUCAGUUAAACAACAGGACAACUGAUGGCUGUGCUUUCAUGAUGAAGUGAAUUAGGCCGAAGACUAAAUGUUACUAAGUUUGCGUUGUUUAAUACUUUCAUGUUUUGUUUUGUUUUUAACCUCUGUGUGGGAAAUCAGAGGGAACUUCUGUGUAGUAGGAAUUUUACUAUAUACAAAAGUUAUCGGAAAAGUCUUCACAGCAUUUUAAACCCUAAAAAAACAACGUUAUAAGCCCUCAAGACAGAGCCGAGUCUCAGACAUGGUCACUUUACAUGCUCCUUGGCCACCGUGUGUAACAAUGAGUUGAAAAGGAAGGUUUGAAACGUUAGCACAACCUCCUUUGGGUCAUUGUUUUCACAUUCUGAUCGACUGUGCAAAGCUCCAUUGCGAAGUCAGCUUGUAGAUUUAAAAAGAGUGCUUUGCUGAAAAAGACUGAGGUACCAGGCUCACUAUACGAGCUUUAAUACGGUCUCGGGGAGCUCAGCAGAGGCUUGUGAGGCCUUUUUUCCUAUUACUGCAAAAGUUUCAGGCAUGUACCAUCUAGUGGCAGGACAGCAGCAGACACUUUCCCAGUGUUAUUAGAACACUUUGCCAUGCCUUUGAAACAUCAAAUCAAUUGAAUUUUUGAGAUUGAAAGAUAUUGUGAUUUUUGAAAAUGUCAAUUUUGUGGCUGCCACUCUCCUAACUUCACUCUGCCUAACUAACGAGUUUGUUGGCACCGGAUGAAUGUGGCUUUUCGAAUCUGCAGUUUACAGUCAAGUCCAGAUGCACAGGCUGGUAUUAUCAAAGUAUUGUCAAGUCUAGACUCUUAAAGUCUAAUUUAUUUGCUUGCUGAACAAUAUUACUGCUGUUUGUUUUCAUCUGUGGUCGUUAAGAAAAGGAACUGUGCCCACUGUUUACAAUAAAUAAUAUCUGAUGCUCUAUGGCUGUAAUGUUUUGAAAAACAUGCUGUCAUUAGAAUGGUAUUUGACAGCACUGUCAUCAGAAGGGUCACAGCACUGAAAGCUAAUUAAUAUCAGGGGAUUAUUUUAAUGCUGGCCUCAUUUCUCAUUUGUAUUCUGCUGGAUUUCAUAUAUUUCCUAUUUAAACAUUGCUUUACUUUCACUAUAUAUAGAUCAUAGAACAUUCAACAAGUCCCUAACAUGCUAAAAACUGAAAACUGUUAAAAGUUAAGCUUCAUAGAAAGUAGAAAAUGAAAAUUUUUAUAACUGAAAGAAGUUUAAAAUUUGCCAGAAAAUAAUACUAAAAUUCCCAUAGUUUAGUCUUGCACGCAUAUAUGUUGCUAAUCAUGCAGCAGCUGAAUAAAUGUGUUGCAGGAAAUGUUGACGAGUCCAAUAAACUAUUAUGUCAUUAGAUAAAAGGCAAAUAUCAAAAGAAAUAACAGUUCUAAUGCAGUGCUGAACUGUAAGUUGUAGUUGUUGUGGGUACAAAAACAAAAGUAAUUGCAGAUAUUGCUGUGUCAAAGCAUUUGAAUUUGAUUGGUAUCAUUUGGGCAAGAUUGAUAUGGUCAAGUAUUUGACAAUAGGAUGUCCUGCUCCAUGACCGAACUCUUAAACUGUCUCAUGUCUUUUUCAUAUUUGGUAACAGACUCGAUGAAUGCUGAAGGACUACACUGAUAAUCUCUGCUUUCUGCUGUAUGACUUUAAAAAGCUACAAUCACCACAGGAAGAUGAAUGUUGAA